CUACCUGCAGUUACACGGUAACGGUGUCAAUAUAGUUACAAAUACCCUAUUAAUACACUACGUGGUAUAAUUCUCAUUACAUGUCACAUAAACCUAAUAAAAAGUAUCGUCUAUAUUAAUAAAAGUGAAAGGUGGUAAUGUACGCGUGAGUGAAACCGUUUCCAUUUCCAUAUUUGUUUUUUUGUUGUUACCGCAACGGUGGACAAUUGGCCAUCCUGUUCUAUAUGAAGAAUCAUUAAUCACACACAGCACAAUGAUGUCAAAUUCUGUUUAUCAAUGGACAUGUAACAAUAAACUUCUCAUGUUACUGGGAGUGAUAUGUUUCUGUUUACUAGUAUCAACUUUAAGUGUUUCUGCAAAGUUGAAAAAUGCCGAAAAACAAUUGCAAGCUUUCAAAAUAACAGACAAGAAGCCACAAAGCACUCCAAUUGAAAGAAUCAACGACGAAAAGGAUCCAGCAUUUUACAGACUCCCAAGACACGUUGUUCCGAAUAAUUACAAGCUGUUUCUUAAACCUAAUAUGUUGACUAAAACAUUUAAUGGAACAGUAGAAAUAAUAAUACGGGUUUUAGAACGAACCAGUUCAAUUGCUUUACAUGCUCAUAAAUUGAAUAUUAAGUCAGUUAAUUUGAAAACUGCAUUCGACAAAAACCUUCAAAUUGAAGCUUUUAAUGCGACGAAUGACAAAAGGGAAUUAUUAAACAUUCAUCUAAAAAGUCCUGUGCAUGCAGGACUCUAUCACCUAUUUAUAGAAUUUUCAGGAAGAUUAGAUAAAGGAAUUGUUGGCAUAUAUUCUAGUACUCUUAAAAAUUCUGAGAUAAUGGUGGCUAGUAAGUUUCAACCCACAUAUGCUCGGCAAGCAUUCCCCUGCUUCGAUGAACCUGAUUUCAAAGCAUUAUAUGACAUCACAUUAGCAAAACCUGAAUCCUAUGUGGCUUUAUCAAAUAUGAAUGAAAUAUCUAAAAUACAAGACAAAGAGAAUAAAGUAGAAUUAGUAACUUUUGCUACUAGUGUACCAAUGUCUACAUAUUUAGCUUGCUUUGUUGUGUGUGAUUUUGAUUUCAAAGAAACAGAAAUUAAUUCCAAUGGCAUUGGGAAAAAUUUUAAAUUGAGAUCCUUCGCACAGAGAGGUCAAAUACAUGAAAUUGAAUUUGCUCAAGAUAUAGGCAAGAGAGCUACAGAGUUUUAUAUUAAAUAUUAUGAAGUGCCUUUUCCUCUCCCAAAAUUGGAUAUGAUAGCCAUACCAGACUACGUGUCAGGAGCAACAGAACAUUGGGGUCUCAUUACAUAUAGGGAGACAUCGUUUCUUGUCGAUGAAUCUACUGCAUCAUCCAAUAAUAAGAUAAGUGUUGCUAACACAAUAGCGCAUGAGUUAGCACACAUGUGGUUUGGAAAUUUAGUCACAAUGAAAUGGUGGGAUGAAGUCUGGUUAAAUGAAGGAUUCGCCUCAUACAUGCAAGUUAAAGCAUUAAACGCCAUAGAACCUUCAUGGACUAUGUUGGAUCAGUUUCUGAUAAAGACCUUACAUUCAGUUUUGGUAACCGAUGCUAAACUUUCAAGUCAUCCGAUAGUGCAAACUGUCAACACGCCUGAUCAAAUAACUGCAAUAUUUGAUACGAUUUCCUAUAAUAAGGGAUCCUCAAUAUUGAGAAUGUUAGAAGGUUUUAUUGGUGAAGAAAAUUUCCGUCGUGGAGUUUCAGAUUACCUUAAAAAAUAUGAAUUUGGCAAUACCGUUACACAAGACUUACUUUCUUCUCUUGAGCCUUACUUUAAGAAGGAUAAUCCAAAUUUAAAUAUUACUCACAUAAUGGACACAUGGACCCGGCAAAUGGGGUACCCAGUGUUGACGGUCUCCAAUGGUGAUGACCACAAUACUUAUAUCAUCACACAGACACGGUUUUUACUUGAUUCUGAGGCUGUUUACAAAAAUGAUUCUGUUUAUGGCUAUCGUUGGUUUAUACCUAUUACCUAUAAAACUAACAAAGGACCAAACCAAAGUAUCGUGUGGUUUGGAAACACAGAGGAUAAUGUACAAUUGAAAUUAAAUGCUGAUGAAGAUUGGUUGAAAAUCAAUAACAAUCAAGUGGGCUACUACAGAGUGAACUACACUGAAGCCAUGUGGGAGAAAUUAGCAAAUUUAUUGAGAAAUAAGUCGCUGCAGUUAACAAUUUCGGAUCGAGCGCAUUUGUUGAACGACGUAUUUGCUCUGGCCGAAGCACGCUUGGUGACGUACGGAUUGGCGCUCAAUCUGACCACUUACCUCACCGUAGAAGAAGACUAUGUGCCAUGGGAGACGGCGUCACAUAUAUUCUCUUCAUUGAGGAAUAAAUUACUUAAUACACUUGCGUUUGACCCUUUACAGAAAUAUAUUCAGCAUUUGGUGAAACCUUUGUACGAGAAACAAACUUGGGAGAGAACACAGAUAAGUGUUAUUGAGAGGCUCCUUCGGACCACUAUACUGUCAAUAGCGACAAGUUUCCAACUGCCUGAUGCUGAAGAGAAAGUCAGGGAUAUGUUCUUAAAAUGGCUGAAUAACUACGGAACUCCAUCGGUUAUUGAAAUAGAACCUGAUUUACGCAAUAUAGUAUAUUACCAUGGUAUGAAGUCAGCAUCACAAUCUGAAUGGGAUAAACUUUGGGAAAUAUAUUUGAAAGAGGAAGACGUCCAAGAACAAGCUAAAUUGAGAAAUGCGUUGUCUGCGCCGCGAGACACCAGUAUACUCAGAAAAUAUCUAAUCCUGGCAUGGGACGAAAAGAACAUUCGUAGCCAAGACUACCUGAACGUGUUACACCACAUUAGUGCUAAUCCAUCCGGGGUGGCGCUAGUAUGGGACGAGGUGAGGACGAACUGGCCGCGACUCGUCGACAGGUUCACGCUCAACAGCCGGUAUCUGGGCGGUCUGGUGCCCAGCAUCACUAGCUCCUUCAACACCAAACUCAAGCUGGACGAGAUGGAGGAUUGGUUUGCAAAAUAUCCAGAAGCGGGCGCUGGUGAGACUGCGCGCGCCCGGGCCUUAGAAAAUGUACGAAAUAAUAUAAAAUGGACAUCCAUUCACCAGCCCACUGUCGCAGCAUGGAUUCUAUCACGAGAAUAACGAUUGUAAAUAUCUAUUUUGAUAUCUAUCUAUCCUAUUUAAAAGCUGCACUCUUGUCGGUGGAGCUCUUGCCACUCACUAUGAUGUUCAGCUAGUCUCUUCACUUCUUGAUACGACUGACAUCAACUCCUUUGAUCUGUCUGAUGCCUUGGUCUCCCUUUUCCUCUCCUUCCUUCUAUCUUACCUUCUAUUAUAAUGUUCAUAAGUUCCUCAUGUCGUAUCAAGUGUCCCAACGUUUUUCCCCUUCUGUCCUCAAUAACAUAGUUCUCAAUAUUUUCAUAAUAGAUAUAAUUUUACAGAAAAAAAUUAUAUAUCGACAUAUUUUUUAAAAUUAUACACUAUAUAAAAUAAAAGACUUGAUAAAAUCUACAA